GGUAACGUUAUCUAAUCGGCUUAAGGCGCACUGUAUUAGGCAAUGCGACUCAAAGCGCACACCCGACUUCUUUAUUUUUGGUCUGAUAAAUAAAUAAAUCUCAUCAGAAAACCCUGGUGAUGUUUCUAGUGCAUUUCUUUCUGCUGCUGUUGGAUCCGAGCCUUUGCCGGCUGAUCACAAGCAGCCCUACCGAUGAUAACACACUUCGGAGCGGCCAUGGAGAGCAGGGAGAGCCGGGACACAACGAGCAUCACAAGGAUUCAUACAGCACGUUCGCUUCAGAAUUUUUGGAGUCUAGAUACCUUUCAGACGAAGGUUAUCCCUUCCCAACUGCACCUCCCGUUGACCCUUUUGCCCGCAUCAAAGUCACUGAUUGUGGAGUAACAAAAGGCUGUAUCAGGUAUGGAAAGCCGGGCUGUGAUGCAGAAACAUGCGACUAUUUCCUAAGUUACAGGCGCAUCGGUACAGAUGUUGAGUUCGAGAUGAGUGCAGACACAGACGGCUGGGUUGCUGUGGGAUUUUCUUCUGACAAGAAAAUGGGAGGUGAUGAUGUCAUGGGCUGUGUCCAUGAUGAUAACGGGCGGGUGAGAAUCCAUCAUUUCUAUAACGUGGGCCAAUGGGCCAAAGAGAUCAGGAGAAACCCAGCACGGGACGAGGAAGGCCUCUUCGAGAACAAUCGGGUGACUUGUCGCUUCAAGCGUCCGCUUCACGUGCCACGUGAGGAAACACUAGUGGAUCUGCAUCUCAGCUGGUACUACCUGUUUGCCUGGGGACCUGCUAUACAAGGUUCCAUAACACGGCAUGACAUCGACAAUCCUCCAGUGUCUGACCACAUGAUCAGCAUUUAUAAAUAUGAGGACGUUUUCAUGCCCGCUACAGCCUACCAGACAUUUUCCUCCCCGUUCUGCCUCCUGCUUAUUGUGGCCCUCACAUUUUACCUGCUGAUGGGAAGCCCAUAACCGGGAUAACAUACUUGUCAAAAGCAUUAGAGAAAGGCAGCAAUAAAUCAGUGUCAGAAAAUAAUCAGAAUUCAAAAUAAGCUGUGUAUUUAAAUACAAGCAUCUGAUCUUCUUUAGCAAGCUAGAUUUAUGCAGUACACACCCAGUUCUAGGAAGAAGGCUGUAUUACUAUAGAGCCUGUAAUUAAUCAAGCUCAAAUGCCAUAUAGAUGAAAUGCCUUAGCAUUUUUUCUUUUUGCCAUAUCCAGUAUUGCUGAUAUGUCCUGUGUUUCUUAAUGGCUUUUCAAAUCGAGUGCCAAAUACAUGCAAGGGCCAGUUUGUUCACAGUAGCAUCACACGCUAAGUGAUAUUUUGCUUGCAGUAUCAUUAGGAGGCACUGCAGUAAAAAAUCAUCUCAGCAACACUUAACAGAUUCAGAAGCAGCUAUUUUGCUUUAUCAAACACGUCUAAUAUAAUGUCUGAGUAUCACACUGAACUUCUCUAAAAUGUAAUAUUAUAGAACGACUGUGAAGCAGCGUAACAAUUUGUAACGGCUUUAUACACACAUACAGACUUACUAGUAUUACUAUCUAACCACUCCAGCAGUAGUAUGAGCAACUCUGAGCUAGCUGAAGCAUGCCAACAGACCAGUGUUUUCUGAGCCAUUUCACAAAAGCCAGUCUCCACUAGAGUGUCUAUUUUUAUGUGUUAUUUGAACAUGUUUGGAGCAGUAUUUAUAUUCCAUAAAUUGUAGAAAACCUGUUUUGCAAUGACUAUGUGUUCUUAAUAUCUCACUAUUAAACAGUGUAGCUCUGUCUGGACGUUGGUUCAUCUUGUUAUGGUUUCCACCUGAAGGAAUGAUAUCCACACAUCACACCCCAACGUGUCGGGUAUACAUAUUAUUUAUUUAUUAGUGAACAAUGCAUUGCAUUUCAAACAUUUAUAGCUGCGAUUAAUGUUGUGGAACGAUUUUCAAGUUACAUCCAGAUAUCACUUACAUUGUCAGAGCUAUAAACAGUCAUUACCUCACCAACCUCUCAUUAUUUCUUUCUAUUGAAGUUAUUAAAAUGAUAAAAGAUAUUAAAAUCAAAAGAAAAAAGAAAAAAAGAAAAUGCAAUGACCUCCAUUCUGAAUGCAUUUCCUUGGUGGAAAACAUAAUGUGUGUCAUUACAAAAGUCUGAAACUAAAGAUUCCUUCUGUCAACAUGAUAUAAACCUGUCCAAACGUCA